AUGUCAGGCUCAGAGCCCUUUCCCCUGCUAAACACAGCAAACGACCAGCUGCACCAGCGUCGCUUCGCACCCAGCAGCUCCGUCAGCAACACCACAGCCACUGAAGCAUCCAUCAGCGACGCGCGGAGGCGGCGCAAGAGCAGUGCCCUCGGAGGCGACAUCCGCGGCGACACGGGUGCCCCGGCAUUGGCCACGAGUCGUGCCAGUCUCGAUGCCCUUCAGUCCGGCCAUAAGCGACUUUCCAAGCGCCGACGUGCUCGCGGCCUCCUUGCUCGAGCUCGCCAGACCAUGAUCAAGCACACCUUCGUCCUCCCGGCUGUUCUCACCCUGUGCUUCCUCGCCGGAUACGCCAUCAACCCUACCGAGUCCAACCCUAUCCACCACUUCAUCUUCCUCUCGUACAAGCUGCCUCAGGACGAUCCCAACGAGCCCGCUCAGUAUGGAAAGGGUCGCUGGGAUAUCGCUUUUGUCGCCUUCUAUACCAUUGUCCUGUCUUUCACUCGCGAGUUCAUCAUGCAGGAGCUCCUUUCACCGCUCGCUCGCUGGUAUAACCUCAGCCGUGGCAAGAAGGCCCGUUUCAUGGAGCAGGUGUACACGGCCAUCUACUUUGGUGUCCUGGGUCCCUUUGGUCUCUGGGUCAUGAGCCAUACUCCCGUGUGGUAUUUCAACACCCGCGGCAUGUAUGAGGGGUUCCCCCACCAGACUCAUCUCGCUCCUGUCAAGUUCUACUAUCUCUUUGAGGCUGCCUACUGGGCUCAGCAGGCCAUUGUCCUCGUCCUGGGUAUGGAGAAGCCUCGCAAGGAUUUCAAGGAGCUUGUCGGUCACCACAUUGUCACUCUGGGACUCAUCGGUCUCAGCUACCGCUUCCACUUUACUUACAUUGGCCUGGCCGUCUAUGUCACCCACGACAUUAGCGACUUCUUCCUGGCCACUUCCAAGACGCUCAACUACAUCGACUCUCCCUUGGUGGGCCCUUACUUUGGUGUCUUUAUGGUGGCUUGGAUCUACCUCCGCCACUACCUCAACCUCAAGAUCAUCUGGUCUCUGCUGACCGAGUUCGAGACUAUCGGUCCCUUUGAGCUGAACUGGGAGACGCAGCAGUACAAGUGCCGCCUGAGCCAGGUCAUUACCACUGCUCUGCUCUCUUCCCUCCAGGCCCUGAACCUCUUCUGGCUGUUCUGCAUCGUUCGCAUUGCCUGGCGCUUUGUCGUCCAGAACCAGCUCGAGGAUGACCGAUCCGAGGAUGAGGGUGAGGGUGAAGAUGAUGAGGAAGAUGUGCCUGCCCCGGCCCCCAAGGCCAACGGUCAUGCGAAUGGCCACGCCAACGGCCAUGCUAACGGUCAUGCCAACGGCAACGCUGUUUCGAACGGCAACGCAAAGCACUAG